CUCCCCCCCAUGCAGGCUGCCAGGAGGCAAGCAGUGAGGACGAAACCUCCUUCCCUAUUUGCUUGUGGGGCAGCCCGCGCACACGCGUCAUCCUGCGUCAGGACGGUCCGACGCAGCAUGCACAGCUCUCAGCCACGUGAGCCCAUCGCGGCCCCUGGAUCUGCUCGCACGGCAACCCAUCUUCAAUCUCCACCAACGCCGCUCACCUCCUGCAGUAGCCGGAUCCGGGCGUUUUCGAGCGACGCCGGUGGCGGUGAAGCAGACAGUGGUGCGCUGCAAUGGCAUGACAGCGAGGAGGUGGCGGAGAAGCUGUUCGAGGCCGAGCCCAAACUGAACCCGCUCAAUCUGCGAUUCACACAACUGGUGAGAGGGAGCGGACGGACACAGAUGCAAACCUGGUGCACACGUCGCGUGUUACGCGUUGUGUUUUGUGUGGCUGUGUGCGGGGUGUUCAGGCCGAGAAGGUGAUGGCUCUCGAGUCGUUUUCUGGGACGCAGAAGGAGUGCAACGAGAAGAAGCUUGAAGCCAUUCAAAUGGUCAGCCAGCCAGAGCCAGUGGCAGACAUGCACGGUUGCUCGAGUCACCAUCCUCGGUGCGUCUGCGUGUGAUAGGCUUGGUACGAGCUGUACAAGGAAGAGAACGAAUGAUAUGGCGAGUGUGGAUAAGUGAGAUGAUUGUGCUAGUGUCCCGAGAGGGACUGUUUUUUUCAGGGGUGAUUGGCUGGCAGCGUGUAUCCAUGUCUGUGUGUGUCGAGCGCUGCGUUACUGAGUCACUGAGGAAUAUCUUGAUGUCUGCCCCAUUCGCAGCUGGCCGGCAGGAGGCAAACGACGCCAUGGAGGCCCUUGGCCGGGUCUCUGUGGCAACGUUUCCUUCGCUACUCGACAAUUGUCACCAGUCUUUUCUUUGAUGGACAUUUCUUCCGUACCCCACCAGCCGUGAUCUUGAUUCAUGCUAGUAAGGGCAAGACGUCAAGGAGACUGUCCAACAUACGCUCACACGGGGUCAGACACACUGAACGAAAACCCGAACUCUCUCUGAAGAGGCAGUGAGC